CACCUCUUCCCUUUCUCAGAAGGAUGGCUGAUGCCCAGACGCAGGUAGCUCCUAUGCCAACUGUCCAAGCAAGGACUGGAGAGGACCUGCCCCUCCCUCCUCCCCCAGGCCUGGAGGGUCUGCCACCACCACCCCCCAGGGAGUCCUUCUCCAAGUUCCAGCAUCAGCGGCAAGCCAGCGAGCUGCGUCGUCUCUACAAGCACAUCCAUCCUGAGCUUCGAAAGAACCUCGAGGAAGCUGUGGCUGAGGACCUGGCUGAGGUGCUGGGCUCGGAGGAGCCCACGGAGGGCGAUGUUCAAUGCAUGCGCUGGAUCUUUGAGAACUGGAGACUGGAUGCCAUUGGUGGCCAUGAGAAGCCAGCUGCCAGGGAGCCUGUUUCGGGGGGCAACGUUCAGGCCACCUCUCGGAAGUUUGAGGAAGGCUCCUUUGCCUACAGCUCAGAUCAGGAGCCAGCUGGAUCCCGGCCAUCCGGAGGUGAUGUUCAGGCUGCCAGACAGUUGUUUGAGACCAAGCCACUGGAUGCACUGACAGUUCGAGAAGAAGCAACAGAGGCCACCACGAAGGAGCCCGCAGCCAGUGGAGACGUGCAGGGUACCAGAAAGCUCUUUGAGACGCGCCCUCUGGACCGGCUGGGCUCCCGCCCCUCUGUGCAGGAGCAGAGCCCCUUGGAGCUGCACUCAGAGAUUCAGGAGCUGAAGGGUGGUGUGAAGAAGACAGUGAAGCUCUUUCAGACAGAACCUCUGUGCGCCAUCCAGGACGCAGAGGGCGCUAUCCACGAAGUCAAGGCUGCCUGUCGGGAGGAGAUUCAGAGCAACGCUGUGAGGUCAGCUCGAUGGCUCUUUGAGACCCGACCUCUGGAUGCCUUCAACCAGGAUCCCAGCCAGGUGCGGGUGAUUCGGGGGAUCUCCCUUGAGGAGGGAGCCCUGCCCGACGUCAGUGCAACCCGUUGGAUCUUUGAGACUCAGCCUCUGGAUGCCAUCCGUGAGAUCCUGGUGGACGAGAAGGACUUCCAGCCAUCCCCAGACCUCGUCCCGCCUGGCCCAGACGUUCAGCAGCAGAAGCAUCUCUUUGAGACCUGUGCCCUGGACACUCUGAAGGGGGAAGAAGCUAGGGCAGAAGCUCCAUCCAAGGAGGAAGUGAUCCCUGGUGACGUCCGCUCUACACUCUGGCUGUUUGAGACGAAACCCCUGGAUGCUCCCAGGGACCAGGUCCAAGUUGGUCAUUUGCAGCGGGUGGGUCCCCAGAAGGGUGAGGAACUCACUGCUGACUGUCUGUCUAGUGAUGGCCUCUCAGCGUCGCCUCUGUCUCAAGGGGUCCCCCAGCAUGAUGGGUUGAAGGGGGAUGUGAAAACCUUCAAGAAUCUUUUUGAGACCCUUCCCCUAGACAGCUUCGGGCAGGGUGAGCAUUCAGUCUGUGGAAGCACAGGCCGAGUGCAAACAGCUGGUUGUGCCGAGCAGCCCCAGGGUACAGAUGCCCCCAUCUAUGCAAUGCAGGACAGCAGGGGGCAGCUCCACGCCCUGACGUCCGUCAGCAGAGAGCAGGUAGUGGGAGGUGACGUUCAGGGCUACAAGUGGAUGUUUGAGACACAGCCCCUGGACCAGCUGGGUGGGAGCCCCAGCAGCAUUGAUGUGGUACGAGGCAUCACUCGGCAGGAAGUGGUGGCUGGGGACGUUGGCACCACUCGGUGGCUCUUUGAGACACAGCCACUGGAGGUGAUCCACCAACAAGAGCAACAGAGAAGACGCGAAGAGGAUGGGAAGGGGCCAGAAGCCCCUUCUGAGCCCCCCCGAAAAGGCGAUGUACAGACCAUCCGCUGGCUGUUUGAGACCUACCCCAUGAGCGAGCUGGCAGAGAAGCCGGAAUCUGAGGUCCUAGACCCGGCGACCGGGGCCGAGGCACAGUCAUGCACCUGGAUGUUUGGGCCCCAAUCCCUGAACCAGGUAGAAGGCUCUGGGGAGCAGCACCUGCAGGCUAGCCAGGUCCAGGCUAGAGACAGACAGACAGACAGACAUGUCUUUGAGACCGAGUCUCGGCAGGCAUCGGGCCAGCCCUGUGGCAGAGGGCCUGCAAGGUACUGCAGCCGGGUGGAGAUCCCUUCAGGGCAGGUAUCUCGGCAGAAAGAGGUUUUCCAGGCACUGGAGGCAGGCAAGACGGAGACACAGGGGGCCAGGAUGAGCCCUGACUCCAUCCCCACAGGCUCUGUGCACAAAUUCACCUGGCUGUUUGAAAACUGCCCCCCGGGCUCCCUGGCAGCUGAGAGCAUCAGAGGGGACAAGCUCCAGGAGGAACAGUCUAAAGGCUCUGCAGAUCGUAGGGCACCAGAGAGGCAGGAGACAGCGGCCGAGAGAACCCUUCGGACUUUGCACGCCACUCCCGGCAUCCUGCACCAUGGAGGCAUCCUGAUGGAAGUCCGAGGGCCAGGGGAGCUCUGCCUUGCCAAGUAUGAGCUCCCAGGCCCAGGGCAGGGGCACCCCUACAUACGGAAGGAGGAGCUGGUGUGCGGUGAGCUCCCCAGGAUCGUCCGCCAAGUGCUGCGCAGGGCAGAUGUGAGCCAGCAGGGACUGUUGGUUCAGGAGGACACCACUGGCCAGCUCCAGUGCCACCCACUCAGGAUUCCAGGGUCAGGGGACACUGGGAACAUUGGAGACAUGGACCCUGAGCUCCAGCAGCUGCUGGCUUGUGGCCUUGGAGUCUCUGUGGCAAAGACAGGGCUGGUGAUGCAAGAGACAGGGCAGGACCUGGUGGCACUGACAGCUUACUCCCUGCAGCCCCAGCUAACCAGCAGGGCCCCCGAAAGGAGCAGUGUACAGCGGCUGGCCAGCUGCAUAGACAAAGGGGACCUGACCGGCCUUCAGAGCUUGCGGUGGGAGCCACCAACAGACACAAGUUCUAUACCAGGCAGGGAGGAGUCCCAGAGGCUUCCCCCAACUGAGAGCAUCGUACGUGUUGCCCCAUUAGACUCCACCAUGGAGAUGGAGCACCUGAGAGUUUCCGCGGCCACACCCUGCCCACCUCCUCCUCGGGUAGUUGGGGAAAUGUUCCUUCCAAAUGGCAGAGCUGUAGGCCAGGCCCCGUUGCAGGAAUCAAGAAAGCAAACAGAUGCCAGCCCAGCUGGGCAGGCGGGGAAGGCAGCCUUAGGAGGGCCUCAAGGACCCACAGCUUCCCCUCCAGGCUCUGGGACCCCAGGUCUCCAGGAAGCCAUGCAAAAUCUGCGGACGGCAACUGCCGAGGCCCAAAGCCUGCACCAGCAAGUUCUGAGCAGAUGUCUGCAGGGCUCUGACCACGCAGCCACCUCCACGCCUAGCCAAGACGUUCUGCAAGCAUCGAAUCCUGCCACUGCGGGUACCCGAGGCAGCAUCAGGCCCGUGGCCAGAAGUGACCCCAGGAUCCCAGCAGCCCCCAGAAAGGUCAGUGGGGACAAUAAGGCAGUCCCCAAAGGACUGCCUAGGGGGUGGGUGACGAUACAGGAUGGCAUCUAUACUGCUCACCCUGUGCAGACAUCUGAUCCACCUGGGACUUUCCAGCUUUCUGAAAAAGAGUCCCAGCCAAGGGCCGGAGAGAGUGUGCUCUCUGUCCACAGUCCCAGCCCAGCCCAGCCAGAAGCAGGUGGGAGUCCCAGGCCAGGGUAUCAUGAGCCUGGGGGUCAUACACAAAAGGCCUGGGGAGCUCUGGAGAAAGUGAUGGUCCCAAGCUGGCACAAGGGCCUCCAAGCAGCAGACUCCACCCUGAAGACUAUCCCUCUAACUCAUCACACUCCUGUGACAUCUAAACCCCAGGCAGCAGGUGCCAGCCUGCACUCCCAUAAUGCCUCUGUUCCUCCCCCUCCUACUCUCCCAGCUGCUGUGACAGAACCUGACCACCCCGCUCAAGGCCACCACCGUGAGGACUCCAUCCAGCAGGCCUCGGAGCCCCUUCUUCACACUCACAACAGACCUGCUGGCCAGAAACCCCCAGAAGGGUCAGAGACAAAAAGCUCCAUACCGGAAUGCACCAUGCCUCCAAGGAAGAAACCCCCAGUGCCUCCCAAACCUGCACAUCUAAGCCAAGUCCAGCCCCCUCGCAGGCUGCCAAAGCCCCCAACAGUCUCUUACAGCAUCUCAGAAGCCGGGCAAGAGCACAAGCCAGGUGAACCAGACACAGCCAACCCUCAGUCAGUCAAAGCUCCCAAAGCAGCAGGCCCGGAAUGCCUGCCUCCAGCCAAUCGCUCCAAGGGACAGAUGCAAGCCAAGCACCGGCAACUUAUCAGCCCCAUGGCUCCCAGGCCCAGCAGUUGUCAGAUACCCAGCGGCAGUAACCAGAGCCCUGAGUCCUCUCGGGUGAACAUUCUCCACAAUGACUUCACCCCACCACAAAAGGACCUCCGCUCCCCAAAAGAGCAGCCCAUGAAUUGUUCCGAGCUGGGAAACCCUGAGAGCCCAGGGACUGUACAGGGCAGCCGUGGAGAGCUCCAGGGCCUCCUCAGCCAAGGGCAAACUCUGGAGCAGGAAGCAGCCCACAGUGUGGACGUGCAGGCCCUGCAGAAGCUCUUUGAGGGCGUACCCCAGCUGGGAGGGGGCCCCCCUCAGGUUCCCACUGCACCACACAAGACCCAAGCCUCAGUGGAGCUGGCCUUUGGCGAACUGACCCGGGUGAGUGCAGAGGUUGCCCAGCUGAAGGAACAGACCCUAGCCAGGCUGCUGGACAUGGAAGAAACGAUACACAAAGCUCUUAGCUCCAUGUCUAGCCUUCAGUCUAAGGCUCACACAGCUACAGAGAAGCUUCUGGAAGCUUCUAGGCCUCAGCGAAGCCAUUAUAUCUCAGGGAAAUGUAUACACCUAGCUCAGGACAUAAACCAAGCCCUGCAGUACCGGAGAGAUAGCCAGGAUCAGGCAGGGGUGGUGGUUUUCAAGGGCUCUGUGCCCACAGAGCAGCAAAAGAAUGUUCUGGAAUUGCAGUCUGGGUCAGCUAGCUCCAAGUCCUACGGAGCCACAAGAAUGCUGACUGAACAGUCUGAGGAAAUGGACCCAUUUGGGAAUAUGGUCCUUAUUCCACUGAUGGACCCUGGUUCAGGCCACACUUCACCCUUGCUAAGGCAGUUCCUACACAGCCCCUCCCGGUUCAACAGUGACAUGGCAGAAGCCGAGGUGGCAUGGGUUCCCUGCAGCCACAUCCAGCCCAGAGACAUGAGUCAUAAGUCACGGCAGUGUGGCCGUGGCAAGGAGUGGCGGCAGAGAGGUGGCAAGUGUGGGCCUCCGUGGGCCUCCUCCACAGGCUCUCACUUGGCUUACCAUGUGAAUGUCUUCAAUGUCCUCAUCUAUAAAAUGGGCGUGGUUGUGUUACUGCAUGGAGACUAA